AUGAAAGCAUAUAAAAUUAAAUAUUUCCUUUUGAUAAGCUUGUUUAUCAAUCUGAUAAAACAAGUGAAAUCAAAAGUUGUAAUAAGUUGCUUUGGAAAAAGGCAUUGUAAGAUAUGCCACAUCAUCAUAAGAAAUUGUUUUUUAUCUGGGACAAAUAAUUUACAAAAAUGUAUAGCUUGUGAAGAAAAUUACUAUAAUACUAGACAAUGCAUACAACAUGAAGGGAGCUUUUUCAGCUACCAAGGGAAUAAUGCGCUUUUGGAACUAAAGGAUGAAAGUUUGCAGGAUAGCAUUUCAGAAGAAAGCUUGAAUGAAUUAAUAUCCAAAAUAUUAGAUAUAGCCAUGUUGAGACACAAAAAUAAUACGACAGAUGCAGAUAGUAUGGAUGAAGAUUAUAAAACGAAUAUAGCUAAUUUAUGUUUGUAUUUAAAUUAUGAGGACAAUUAUGAAAAUGCAGAAAAGCAUGAACAAACAGAUCCUGAACAUGUAGAAACUCAUAUACAACAUAUUAUACAAAUGUUUAUUCAUACUACUGAUAAUAUGGAACAUAUGCGAAAUGCAUUAAAAAAUCCAGCAGUUUGUUUUCAAAACCCAGCAGAAUGGGUUCAAGAUAGAUUAGGAUAUAAAGAAAUUAAUGACAUCCCUUCAGUAGGUGUAAUACCAGAAAAAAAAUUGUUUAAACCACAUAAGCAUACUGCGUUAAUGAAUUCGUUAUACAAUCCUAACUCAAAAUGUAACAGAAAAUAUUGUAAUAGAUUUUCUGAUCCAAAUGAGUGUGAACAUAAUAUAAGACCUCUCAACCAAGGAGCAUGCGGAAAUUGUUGGGCCUUUGCAUCUUCAACUACGAUAUCCGCAUUUAGAUGCAGAAAGGGACUCGGAUUCGCAGAACCUUCAAUAAAGUACGUAACCUUGUGUAAAAACAAAUAUUUGGUAGACGAAGAUGUUAAAGUGUUUGGUCACUAUAAUGAUAAUAUAUGUCAUGAAGGUGGACAUCUUUCAUCAUAUAUAGAAAUUUUAGAUUUAUCUAAAAUGCUGCCAACUUCCUUUGAUGUUCCAUAUAAUGAGCCAAUAAAAGGUGGUGAUUGUCCUACUGAGGUUAGUACAUGGGGAAACAUAUGGGAUGGUGUAACUUCUUUAGAUAAAAUAAUGAACGGAUAUAUAUACAAAGGGUAUUUUAAAAUAUCGUUUUUAGAUUAUGUAGAAGCAGGUAAAACAAAUGAAUUAAUUAACAUCUUGAAGGAUUAUAUAAUUGAGCAAGGUGCUAUAUUUGUUUCGAUGGAAAUUUCAAGAAAAUUAAAUUUCGAUCAUGAUGGUGAGCAAGUCAUGAUGAAUUGUGAAUAUGGUGAUGCACCUGAUCAUGCAUUAGUUUUAAUUGGUUUUGGAGAUUAUAUAAAAAGUACAGGAGAAAAAAGUUCUUAUUGGUUAAUAAGAAAUAGUUGGGGGGCACGUUGGGGUGAUAAUGGUAAUUUUAAAAUGGAUAUGUAUGGUCCGAGAAAUUGUAAUGGUAGAGUUUUAUUUAAUGCAUUUCCAUUAUUAUUAAAGAUGACAGAGAAUAAUAUUUCAAAACCUUUACCUAAUGAUAUGUCAUCUACUGAUGACAGAAUAAGAUAUAAUCAUGGUGAUUUUACUAGAAAUAAAAAAAAUAGAAAUAGCCAAAGAGAUAAAAAUAGAAAAGUAACUCCAAAUAAUUAUGAUGAUCCAUAUAAUAUUAAUCCUAGACCAAUAAAUCCAUCAACUGAUAAUAGAAACGAUUAUGUUAACCCAUACUAUAAUCCAGAUUAUAAUUCAAUAGAUAAUAAUGAUAGACAAAAUAGUGAUCGAUAUUAUCCCUCCUACAGAGAUCCAGAAUAUGGUCCUGCUUAUCCAAGUAUGAAUAAUAAUCGAAGAUUUGAUCCUAGUGAUAUAAUUAAUCAUCGAAAUCAAUUAAGAAGAAUUUUUCAAACAAAUUUGACUGUCACGAUAGGAAAUUUUGUAUAUAAAAGAAAUAUCUAUUCGAAAAGGAAAAACGAGUAUAUGGAGCAGUUCUCAUGCCUCCGAACCUACUCAAUGGAUUCCAAUUUAGACAAUAUAUGUCGAGAAAAUUGUGAAAAACAUAUCGAUGCAUGUAUGCCCAGUGGAGCUGUAGGAGAGUGUCUAAGUAGGAAUGCACCAAAUUAUAAAUGCAUUUAUUGUGGAAUGUAA